CCUCUAGAACGUUUGUAGGCAUAAGCUCGUAAUUCUUUUUUCUUUUUUUAAUAGUCGGAAUUCAGCGUCCCUAAAUGACGGCGUGAACACCCAUGUGAUGCUUCGUGCUUUCGCGUCGCCAUGCUUGCCAGGCAAGUUUGCUCUGAAGAACAGCUUCGCCACACACGCAGUGAAGAUGCGGUGAAGCACACUUCGAUGGCCGAGGACAGAGAAGUGCUGCGUGAGGUCUGGGACGGAAAGCUCCCCAUUUGUUUCAGGCUAGCGGAAGAGGAAGUCAGCACAAUGCAGCAGCCUGAUCCAUACUACCUGAUGAUCUCCCGGAUUAGCUAUUUCCCUCUGGUGGUUGACAAGGUCCACAAACAUUUCUCAAGACAUGUGGACGAGCGACACCAUGGCAACGAGAUGUGGGUCGAGUACAACGGUCAGCCGCUCAAAUGGCACCUACCGAUUGGGCUAUUGCAUGACUAUUAUGCGAGCGACUCUACAUUACCAUGGAACAUCACUGUACAUUUCCAGAACUUCCCGGAAGGGCAGCUGCUGCACUGCGGCAGCCGGGCGGUGGUGGAGGCGCACUUCAUGUCGACGGUGAAGGAGGCGGACAUGCUGAAGCACCGGAGCCAGGUAAUGAGCAGCAUGCAGAAGAAGGACCACAACCAGCUCUGGUCGGGGCUCCUCAACUCCAAGUUCGACCAGUUCUGGGCCGUCAACCGCAAGCUCAUGGAGCGCACGGGUGGCGAGGGCUUCAAGCACAUCCCCUUCCGGCUCUACCUGUCGGACUGCACAUUGCUCCAGAGGCUAAUCACUCCCAUGACGGCAUCAGGGGAGAAGGCUACGCUGGAGACUCUACUACAGCAGGUUGCACCUCAUGUCCUCACUGGUGAUGGUGCAGCGUUCUCAGUGGUGACUCACGGGAUCCAGGUUCCUCUAGACUCUCCUCUGCAGUGGAUGAGCGAACAUUUGAGCUACCCCGACAACUUCCUGCACCUGUGUGUUCUGCCGACCACAUAGUGCACCUACCAAACCUUUUUAAUUGUUUUUUUAGGUUUUUAAAAGUGUACGUUAGUAGUGCCGGGUCUGCCCAAUUAUCCGUGCGGGGGACUUUUUCGUGAUGCAUUAACAAACCGCGCCUCGUGAAUUGCCCAAGCUUCGUUGGGAAGUGGCCCCGGCGGUGAAGACGGGAUGCGAAAGAUUAGAACGAAGGGCCACCGUCCUUUGUCGGUGGCUGUUGUAAGUUAGCCUCUCGACACCGCAGUUCAUAGACAAUGCUGGCCGUCAUUAUCACGCCGAGCAGGCUUCACGCGAAACGGACGGCUAUCGGAAUUUUUUGAGUCGUCGAACCGAGCAGCCGGCUUACGUCUGCUAACUAUGGAGGACGCUGCCUGUGACUUCUAUUAUUGAGAAAUUGCUUCUAACUUUUAAUUCGGGCAAGGUAUUGAGCCGAAACAUUCCCCGUCCCUUCACCCUCGGGGCUAGCGCUUUCCGAUGAAGUAUCGGUGUUCUGUGAUGUGUCGCCGAAAAUCCCCUGGACAUUUUUUCGAGCAUAUCCCGGUACUUGUCACUCAAGCUUUGUCAUUGCAGACUCGCCCAUCUCAAUAAUAUGAAGAUCCUGUUGCAAUUCGGCUCAAAGCAUGCUACUUACGUGUGCGUAGAUGUGCUGCUAAGAGUGUCUCCUGUGAUGUUUUGUGCCCGGUAUGACCAGUUUUUAUUAGUGAGUACGUAAUUUCGGAAAAUUGCAGCUAUUGCUUUUAGAUGUGGCUCCUUUUCACUCUUCUCAGGUAAUGGCAGUGUAUAGUUUUAUCAAUGACAACUAAGAUGAUCAGAUUUCGGGUCUCUGUAAAUGUUUUCUUUUCUUUUGGCAACCCCCAGGACUGUAGGUUCCAAUUUAUUUAAUUUAUUGCGAGCAAAUUUUAUUUUCUGCUAGUAAAAAUGAUUACCGCUUUAAGCUACAAGAGUUGUUUGUUUGUUGCGUGUCAAAACAGCCGUAGAAAUGCUGUAAACAUUGCUCUUGUCGUAAGUAAUAAAAAAGUGGCUAAAGCUUG